AUGGUGAGCUGAUUUUUUAUUUUUAUUUUUUUAAUUUGUAAGUACAUACAAUUUCAAGAACUAUAAUAUCUUAGCCAUUUUCAGGUUCUAAACCCAGCGCUAGCCGAAAUCGGAAGCCUAGCCCAAAACAUGUCAUCGUACCUAUGUUUCCUCGGCUUUCCCGACAGUUUCAUCGACUUCUUCAUGCCAUUAUUCUCAUUCAUCCACAUUUUCUUCCAAACCAGUGUAGGUUUGGUCUGCGUGGAACUAUUUUUGGAACGAUUGUACGCCACCGUGCGACCCGAAGACUACGAGAAUAUUGACUCACACCGUUUCGGCACACUGUGCAUAAUUAGCACGCUGAUAUAUGGAGUGUUUUUCACAGUGUCAGGUAUAUACAAUUACUAUGUGAAUCCGUAUCAUAUGUUUAUACUACCAGAUCAAGCCCUAUUACUGUAUGCUCUGCCAGUUGUCGUUUGUUUUUGUUGGUUUUCAUUUGCAUUUGUUACCAUACCUGCGAUUAUUGGUGUGAUAAUCAUGGUCAGGUAUAACAGUAACAAGCUGAAAAAGAGAGGGCAUGGGACAUUGACUACAAGAUAUCAAUACCAAGAGAAUGUGAAUGGACUGAAAGUGGUGUUGAAUAUGUUUUUGACUAUUAUUGUAUGUGCCUCGGUAGGAGUUGGAUCGGCGAUGCUUUUGUUUUGGGAUAUUAUGACACAUAGAGUUUAUAUGCCCAAACUUCAUGGCUUAAUGAGGGUAAGUUUUCUUAUUUUAAGCCUAAACUUUAGUCUUCAUUCUUUAUUUUUAAAGACAAAGGUGACCAGGGUAAAACAAAGUGUAAAUUUAUCAUAUUUUGCUUCAGAUUUGCCAAUUUGACCUCACAAUAGCAUCAGUAGCAACUACGACAAUUGCUCUUUUAAGUCACCCAGCUUUACGACAAAUUGUGAAACAAGACCUUACAGUAUUCAGUAAAAGAAAACAAGCCGCAAAAGUAAAACCAUAUCACAUGGAAUUAAAAAAAGACGUAGAAAUGGAAACACAAGUCUACUUUAAUCAACUACAAGAAAGUUGGAUCUAA